ACGAUCAUGCCAGUUAUAGUCCGGAAUUUUUCUACUUCACACACAAACCGAUUCCAAAAUAGUCAAACACACACAUUUUUUUUUUGUAUUUGAUUCGAAUCUUUUACUUUGUAAAAUCGUGACCGAGGCGUGAUAGGCGGAGGCACCAUCCACACAUGGUCACAUGGACUCGUCCACCCGCUGUUCCGCAUCUAGAAUAUCCGUCCUUUCAAUUCCAAUUAAAAUCUGUGCAAAUUAAAACGCGCGUGGUCCGCGAGUGAAACAUUAAAAUUUUCAAGUCGCGGCAGCUGAACCAAAAACUCAAUCGGUAUUAUAAAAAAACAAAACAACAACAAGAGCCGAUAAACAAAAAACAGCAACCACGUAAAUUACAAACAAAUUCCAAGGACUAUAGCAGGAGUUGAUAGUGGGAAGCCCCGAAAACCGAAGAGAGAAGAUCUAGAGUUUGAUAGAACACAUCAAAUCAGAAUCAGGAUCAAAUAGAAAAGGAUUGUGUGUGGCAUUUGUUUUCCGCGUUUAGUUUUCUGUGUUCCUGAACUGCUUCUCGGAGAACUUUGAGGACAGCUCACCACAUUGACUGCAGUUCUUGUUACAUCUUGUGAUUCGCGUUGCGUUCCUCAUUAUAUAUAUAUAUUUUGUAUUUUUAUUGUGCAAAUUGCCAGUUCACUUGCAAUCCCCACAUAUCCAUCGACUCCCAGUGAGCCCACCAUCCCACGAAUCCUGCGAAUCCUGCCUCCUUUUACGGGAAAGCUGCCUCGUGGUGGACCUCUCGAGGCCUUGCCCUACAGGGUGGAGCGCUCCAAAAGGUCGCCAGUUCGGGAAGCUGGUGGUGCGUCGACACCUCGAAGCUGGCGAAAAAGAAGUCCCAGCAUCCCGGCGAGCAGGAGGUUCGCAAGGAUAGGGCCCACAACCGGGACAAGGAUAGGCACAGGGACAAGGAUAAAGACAAGGACAAGAUCAAGGAGCGGGAGAAGGAGAAAGAGAAGCCAAUGGCCCACCAACAUAACGUUCCCGCUCACGAGCGUCGCAUCCAUGAGCUGGACCAAAAUGUAGAGCGCAUCUUCGAUGUCCGAAAGCGCUUGGGAAAAGGUGCCUAUGGCAUCGUUUGGAAGGCCACUGAUAAGCGAAACAAGGACACCGUAGCCCUGAAAAAGAUAUUCGAUGCUUUCCGUGACGAAACCGAUGCCCAGCGCACCUACCGCGAGGUGAUAUUCCUGCGUGCCUUUCGCCACCAUCCCAACAUCAUCAGGCUAAUGGAUGUCUUCAAAGCAGGCAACAAUUUGGACUUUUACUUGGUGUUCGAGUUCAUGGAAAGCGACCUGCAUAAUGUGAUCAAAAAGGGCGAUGUCCUCAAGGAUAUUCACAAGCGGUUCGUCAUGUACCAGCUGAUCAACGCCAUCAAGUACAUGCACUCGGGCAACGUCAUCCACAGGGACCUGAAGCCCAGCAACAUACUGAUAGAUAGCAAAUGCAGACUCAAGGUGGCUGAUUUUGGUCUGGCACGCACGCUUUCCACCAAACGCAAGGCCGACUUCGAUGAUAUGGACCACCAGGGCAUGUUGACCGACUACGUGGCCACCCGUUGGUAUCGCGCCCCCGAAAUUCUAGUGGCUAGUCGAAAUUAUACCAAAGGCAUUGAUAUGUGGGGUCUGGGCUGCAUUCUGGGCGAGAUGAUAAGACAGAAACCCCUAUUCCAAGGCACCAGCACUGUCAAUCAGAUAGAGAAAAUCGUGUUGGCCCUGCCGGAUGUGACCCAGCGGGACAUCGAAUCGAUCGGAGCCAGCUUCGGGACCGCCCUGCUGAGCAAGAAGAUCCACCGCGACCGCCGCCAUUCGCUGGACGAGAUGCUGAGGAACUGCUGCGACGACGCCAUAUCGCUGGUGAAGGCCCUCCUGGUCCUGAAUCCCCACGGACGGCUGACGGCCAAGGCGGCCAUCCAGCAUCCGUAUGUGAGUCGCUUCCGGACCGCCUCCGCGGACAUGGAGCUCCGUGUGGACAUCCAUCCGCCGCUGAAGGACGACGUGCGCUACGGGGUGGACCAGUACCGGAGCAGCCUGUACGACAUGGUGGGUCGGGAGUCGAGGGGCAGUGCCCGGACGAUCAGUAAUGCCACGCCCUCCAGCAACCGGGAGAUCACCACGAAGCCCCAGCGAGUGGUGUCGCGGACCAGGACGUUGAGUGCCAACCAGCCGAGCCAGGCGGACAGGAAGAUGGAGCUGCAUCAGCUGGAGGCGAACACCCUGACCCGCAGGAUCGUCCAGCAGACGAAGCCGUUCCAGCCGGUGGCCCCAUCCUCCUGCUCGUCCCUGCCGAAGCCACGUGCCCCCUCCAAGGAUGGCAUCCGGUCAGAGCCGCCGGUUCCAUCGGCUCGACUAGCCAAGUCCGGAGCAGCUCUGUCGUUGGCCGAACGGCACCUGGCCAAGUGCCGGCAAAACCGGAUGGUGUUCCAACGGGAAUUGGCUGCCGUGGCGGCCACUGUGCCGCGCAAGAAGACCACCGCAUGGCAGACGCAGGUCCAGGCCCAAGGCAAGUUCCGUGCCGAGGCGAAGGCCCAUAUGGAUGCCCUGCUCCAGGCCCAGAUGCCCAACACCGCCACCAACAACAACAACACCACCACCACCACCACCACCACCACCACCACCACCUCGACCACCGAUGGUUCUCCAGAGAAGUGUGUCCCUGUGGCGGAGGAGUCGACGGCCCUGCAAAGGAAUCGAACCCUGCGAUCCAAUCUGAGCAAAGAGAUCAAGGUCAGGGAGAAAGCCCUCAAAGUGGAGGUUACCAAGAGGGAGAAGGUGCCCACACCCCAGGAGCAAAUGGAGCGUCGCCGACUGGAAAUCCAGGAGGAGAAGAUGCGGGUGCUCGAAAUGCAGCGCCAGAAGCGGGAUCGCAAGAUUCUCCAGCGGAGGCGGGUGGCCGAGAACCUCCGGCUGAUGGCGAAGGAGGACGAACAGCUGGAUGAGAUGGCCGAGCAGGAGGCGACGGCCAAGGCCUUCAGCGACAUUGCCCGCAAGGUGGAGAAGCUCACCCAGAAGAAGAAGAACAAGAACCAGGACAAGGACCGGGUGGGCGGCGACUCGGUGCCGGCGGAGCGGGAGGAGGAGGAGGAGGAGGACAACAACCCGGACAUAUUGUACGCGGGCGUGGGCGUCUGCUAUCGCCAGAGGAUCAACCACCUGGAGGCCGAGAUGGCGAAGUGCAAGGAGCAGCUGGUGAACUUCGUCCAGGACCACCAGGAUCUGCUCAACCACAAUAACCUGCGGUACCACAUCACGAAACUUCAGCCCCACAAGGAUUCGGAGCCGGAGGAGGAGGUGGAGGAGGAUGGCAAACCCCUGCCGGAGGGCAGUGGGGAUCCCGGCUCCCAGUCGUAUGAGCUCUUCCGCCGGGAGCAGCAGAAGCAGCGGCAGCGCCAGCUCCAAGAGUUCCUGGCCCGCGACGACACCAAUGAGUUCGACAUACCCGAUCUGGCCAAUGUGUACCGGGCCAGUUGCUAUCAUCCCUUCAACCAAGAGCCGGUGGCCAGUGACUCCUCGUCGCCGGACAGCGGGAGACGCGAGUCCGGGUCGGAGCUGUCCCAGGAGCGGACCUAUCCGCACCACACGCAGUAUGCCAACUACUUUCCCAACUACACCCAGCUGGAGGAGGCGCGUCAAAGGCAGAGGGACCAGCCGGUGCAUCCGGAGCGCAACGAGAAGACCCGACAGCUGGAGGAGCGCCUCAAGGAGCAUCGGCUGCGGCAGGAUAGCCUGAAGGCCCAGCUGAAGGCCUGCAGGAAGCAGCACGAGGACCUGGGACUCCAUCACAAGGUGCACCGCCAUCAUCACAACCAUUCCGCCAGCGGUCCUCGCUACGAUCCCAUGCGACUGCGGGAGCACGACAUCCAGGAGGCGAACUUCUCUCAAGGAGUCAGCGGAACUGUCCUUGGGUAAUUGUCCCAGUCUUGACGCAAUAUAUACGCAUGUGCAUUAGUGAA